UAUGAUCCACCCCACCCCACCCCCAACCGAACAAAACGCGUCUUCUUUUGUUUCCUUCCUCUCUUUUCUUUCCUCCCCAUUCCACUCCACUUUUUCCCUUAUAUAAAUCACAACCCAACACAGCAUAACCAAAACCUCAACCCCUCAAAAAAACACAACCAUAACCUUAACCACUUCAAAAACAAAACACACUCACUCUCUCUCUACAAUAACCAUGUUAUUGUUCCAACAUUGCAAAAACAAAAACAAAAUGUAUCUCUUUCUCGUUGUUCUCUUCUUCUCUAUCAACCCUUCUCAACAAACAAACUCACUCUCACUCUCUUUUCCUCUAACAUCACUCUCUCUCUCCAAUGACACAACCUCAAAAAUGCUAUACACAUCUCAACUAUUUUCAACAACAAAAAAACCCAACAACCCACAAAACAAAACACCUUCAUAUAACUACAAAUUUUCCUUCAAAUAUUCGAUGGCUCUCAUCAUUAACCUCCCCAUUGGAACACCACCUCAAACUCAACCAAUGGUGUUGGACACUGGUAGCCAACUUUCAUGGAUUCAGUGUCACAAAAAACAACCUCCAACAGCAUCCUUUGAUCCUUCUCUCUCUUCAACUUUCUCUAUCCUCCCUUGUACUCACCCUCUCUGUAAACCACGAAUUCCCGAUUUUACCCUCCCAACUUCUUGUGACCAAAACCGUCUCUGCCACUAUUCCUAUUUUUACGCAGACGGCACUUAUGCUGAGGGUAAUCUCGUCAGAGAAAAAUUCACAUUCUCACGUUCCGUUUCUACCCCUCCUUUAAUCUUGGGCUGUGCUACAGAAUCCACUGACCCUAGGGGUAUUUUAGGAAUGAAUCUUGGUCGUUUAUCCUUUGCUAAACAAUCCAAAAUUACUAAAUUCUCCUAUUGUGUACCUCCACGUCAAACUCGACCCGGUUUUACUCCAACCGGAUCGUUUUAUCUAGGUAACAACCCGAGUUCCAAGGGGUUUAAGUACGUCGGCAUGAUGACUUCUUCUCGUCAACGCAUGCCGAAUUUUGACCCCUUGGCUUAUACCAUCCCGAUGGUCGGGAUAAGAAUUGCCGGUAAGAAAUUAAAUAUUUCACCGGCAGUUUUUCGGGCCGACGCAGGCGGAUCAGGUCAAACCAUGAUUGAUUCCGGAUCAGAAUUUACUUAUUUAGUUAGUGAAGCUUAUGAUAAAGUGCGGGCUCAAGUAGUUAGAGCUGUGGGGCCCAGAUUAAAGAAGGGUUACGUGUACGGUGGAGUAGCUGACAUGUGUUUUGACAGUGUAAAAGCAGUUGAAAUCGGACGGCUGAUAGGUGAGAUGGUCUUUGAAUUUGAAAGAGGUGUGGAGGUUGUGAUUCCAAAGGAAAGAGUACUUGCUGACGUGGGUGGUGGGGUCCACUGUGUUGGGAUUGGAAGUUCAGAUAAAUUAGGUGCUGCAAGUAAUAUUAUUGGAAACUUUCAUCAACAAAAUCUAUGGGUGGAAUUUGAUCUUGUGAGGCGUAGGGUGGGGUUUGGUAAGGCUGAUUGUAGCAGAUUAGUGAAGUAGAGAUGAAGAGUGAUUCAGUACGGAGUCGUGUAUUGUGGUUUAUCGUGUGUCGGUAGUGGUUGAGUAGGUUUGAUUUUUUUUGUACGGAGGGAAAAAAUAUCUGAUUUGUGUGGUCAGUGAUCAUCUUAGUGAUGAUGAGAUCUAACGGUUCAUGAUGAUACACGUGUGUAAACGACAAGUUUACGUUUGAUGCUAAGAUGUGGGGCAUUUCUUUUGCAACAUGAGUCAAAGCUGCUAUAAGUAAUUAUUAUUAGUUAACCAUGUACACUAAUGUGAAUUUAUGAGAUUUAUGUAUAUACGAGAAUUAGAGAUUAUAUUAUUCAUCAUAAUAUAAUAUUAAUGUUACUAUUUUUUUAAUCUU